AUGGUUUAUAUCAAGCAGAUAAAUAUCCAGGGCUUCAAAAGUUAUAAGGAUCAAACACUCAUCGACGAAUUUUCUCCAGCGACAAAUGUAAUUGUUGGCAGAAAUGGAUCGGGAAAGAGUAACUUUUUCGCAGCUAUUCGAUUCGUUCUCAGCGAUGCGUAUACUCAGAUGGGUCGUGAAGAGCGACAGGCUUUGCUUCACGAAGGUUCAGGAUCUGCGGUUAUGUCCGCAUAUGUUGAAAUCAUUUUUGACAAUUCCGACGGACGUUUUCCUACUGGCAAGAACGAGCUCUACCUUCGUCGAACAAUUGGAUUGAAGAAGGAUGAAUAUUCUCUGGACAAGAAAAAUGCUACGAAAACCGAUGUUCUCAAUCUUCUGGAAACCGCAGGUUUUUCUAGGUCGAAUCCAUAUUACAUUGUGCCUCAAGGACGUGUUACAGCUCUUACCAACAUGAAAGAUGGUGAGAGAUUAAACUUGUUGAAGGAAGUGGCUGGAACGCAAGUCUAUGAGCAACGCCGUACUGAGUCCCUGAAGAUUAUGACAGAUACUAAUAACAAACGUGCCAAGAUUGAUGAAUUGUUGGAAUACAUUAAGGAACGUCUGGCAGAACUAGAGGAGGAGAAGGAGGAAUUGAGAGGUUAUCAGGAGAAAGAUAAGGAUCGUCGAUGUCUACAAUAUGCCUUCUUUCACCAGGAACAAGUCGCAAUUGCCGAAAAACUGGAGGAAAUCGAUGAGUUUAGACAAGGUGGCGGUGAUGGUGACGAGAACAGGGACGCAUUCAUGGAAGGAGAAAAGGCCAUCGCCCAACUAGACACACAAAUCAAACAGUUGACUCGACAAAUGGAGCUCCUCAGAGUAGACAGACGUCAAUUGGAGGAGGACAGACGAGAUACUGCAAAAGCUCGGGCCAAGAUCGAAUUAGACGUCAAAACAUUGACAGCCAACCAAUCGUCUACAGAACAAUCGCGUGUGAGGCAUCAGCAAGAAUUAAAUUCCGUGAAAGAAGAAAUAGCUUCGAAAGAGGCCGAACUUGCACAAUUACUCCCGGAUUUUACGAGACGAAAAGCUAGCGAAGCCGAAGUUAAGCGAAAUCUUGACGAAGCGGAGGCUGGCAGAAAUAGACUCUACGCAAAACAAGCUCGUAGCAACCAAUUUAGGACAAAGGCUGAACGUGACCAAUUUUUAAGGAAGGAAAUCGAAGAGCUCAACUCCACAAUUGGAUCACAGAAGGCAAAUCGAAUCGAUGGCGACGAAGAGGUGAACAACGUGCAAUCUGAAAUCCGAAAUUUGGAAACCGAAAUUUCUGGCCUUCAGGAGCGAUUAGACGGAUGGAGUGGCAAUAGAAUAGCCUUAGCCGAAGAAGUCUCUACUGCCAAAGAAUCUUUGGAGAAGUUGCAGGAUGAGAGAAAAUUGCUACGAAGAGAGGACGAAAAACUUCACUCGGUCAUAGAGGAUGCUCGCAAAGAAGUACUUCAAGCCGAGUCGGAAUUAGCAAAGACCAUGGAUAGCGCCACAUCUCGGGGUUUAGCCACUGUCAGACGUCUCAAGAAGCAGCACAACAUUCAAGGAGCAUACGGCACUCUAGCAGAACUCCUUGAAGUCGAAGAUAUUUAUCGAGUAGCUGUGGAACAGACCGCCGGUAGCAGUCUUUUCAAUUACGUCGUUGAUAACGAAGAAACCGCAACCCAACUUAUUAAUGCUUUAAAUGCGGAUAAGGGCGGAAGACUUACAUUUGUUCCUUUGAGCCAACUCAGAUUCAAACCAGGUAACUUGCCAAAUGCAUCUGAUGCCAUACCUAUGUUGAGCAAGAUUCGGUACGACAAAAAGUAUGAACCAGCCUUUGAGCAAGUAUUCGGUAAGACCAUCGUUUGUCCUAACCUCACAAUUGCUGCUCAGUAUGCAAGAAGUCACGGAUGUAAUGCCAUUACACCAGAUGGUGAUACUACAAAUAGGAAAGGUGCCUUGACUGGUGGAUAUCUUAAUCCGAAGGAAUCAAGACUUCAAGCUGUUCGUGCACUGACCAAAUGGCGAGAUGAGUACGAAACUUUGAAGGUACGACAAGAUGAGAUCAGAAAGGAAAUUGAGCAAAAAGAUCAAGAAAUCACCGCCGCUUAUACUGAAGAACAAAAGGCUAGUCAAAAGGAGCACAAACUUGUUGACGGCCUGGAUCCAUUGAAGUCAGGGCUGAGAUCCAAACAAGCGCACCUUGAAAGACAGAAGGCGCAGCUUGAACAACUUCUUCGCAAUCAAGCAGAUGUUCUCAAAUUGUUGAAAGAUCAUGCCGCUAAAAUUGCUGAUUACGAAGUAGAAAUUGCGUCCGAUUUUAAGAAGGCAUUGACGGCCAAUGAAGAACGACAGCUUGAGCAACUCAAUGCUUCCGUCCAGGAUCUACAAAAGCAAUGGAAUGAACACAGCAGAAGUCGAAGAGAUCUCGAGAGCCGUAAACAGAUGAUUGAGGUUGAUCUCCGUGAGAAUCUUAGACUCAGACUUGAUCAAUUAAAUAGUCAAGAAUUCGAUCUUGCUACCGGUAGUGGUUCUGGUAAUCUGAAAGAAUCCCAAAGAGAAUUGAAGCGUAUCACCAAGGCUUCAAGUGCUGUAGAGUCAAAGCUCAAGGAAAAUGAAAAGCAAUUGGAGGAAGCCGAAUCAAACAUCAACAAUUUGGAACAGGAGAGGAGUCGCCAAGAAGACGAACAGAAUAAGAUUGCUGCAUUAAUUGAGAAGCAUCAAAAGAGGAUGGAGAAGAGUAUUGCUCGAAAGGCCAUUCUUACCACUAGUGCUGCAGAUUGCGCCAAGAACAUUCGCGACUUGGGUGUCUUGCCUGAUGAAGCAUUCGAGAAGUAUAAGGACUAUGAUCCAAAAUCCAUUCAAUCACGACUCAAAAAGGUUCAAGAAGCUCUCAAGAAAUAUAAACACGUUAACAAGAAGGCAUUCGAACAAUACAAUCAAUUCACAACGCAGCGUGAUAGUUUGACUAAGCGUAGGAAGGAACUUGAUGAUUCCCAAUCAUCAAUUCAAGAACUCGUUGAAGUCCUUGAUCAACGUAAGGAUGAAGCCAUUGAGCGAACAUUCAAGCAAGUAUCUAAGGAGUUUGCCCAAAUUUUCGAGCGUCUUGUCCCAGCUGGUCGCGGUCGUCUUGUUAUUCAACGUAAAACGGACCGUCGUGCUAGAGAGGAAGAAGAUUCGGAUGAAGAAGCACGGGAUAGUGUUGAGAAUUAUGUUGGUGUUGGAAUCAGUGUCAGCUUCAAUAGUAAACACGACGAUCAACAACGUAUUCAACAAUUAUCCGGUGGACAAAAGAGUCUAUGCGCCCUCGCUCUUGUCUUUGCGAUUCAACAAUGUGACCCAGCUCCUUUCUAUCUCUUUGAUGAAAUUGACGCAAAUCUUGAUGCUCAGUACCGUACCGCUGUAGCUCAAAUGCUCAAGGAAAUCUCAGCUAAACAAUCACAAGCUUCUCAGUCGCAAGAUAACUCAGAUGAAGAAUCUGAUAACGAUGAAGAUGGUGAAGGUGGUUCUAAGAAACAAAAAGUUAUGGGUGGACAAUUCAUUUGCACUACAUUCAGACCAGAGAUGGUGCUAGUGGCAAAUAAAUGUUAUGGUGUUACUUUCCAUAACAAGACUAGUGGAAUUGGUGUUGUUGGAAAAGAAGAUGCGUUGAGCUUCGUCGAUGGGGAGGCUCCAAAAUAG